AUGAAAUACAUUUUAAAGGAUGUUUGGUAUGUUUGUGGUGCAGAUGAGCGGUUAGCUCAGGUGACCAGCAGACAGUUGGAGGCUCUGUUUCAGUACUCGGUCACAGGAGACUCGGCGUACCUGCUGGCUGCACAGCGUCCCCUGAUGACGGCGCAGGACGAGGACGGAGACACUGGGCUCCAUCUGGCAGUUCUCCACAGCCAAAGGGAGGCGCUGAAGAGUCUGACUCAGGUCGUCUCUGCUCUGCCGGGAGAAGAGGUGCUCAACAUGAGAAACCACCUCUACCAGACUCCUUUGCACCUGGCUGUGAUCACUCAGCAGAGGGAGGCGGUGGAGGCGCUGCUGUUGGCCGGCGCCGACCCAACUCUGACAGAUCGUCAUGGCAACACGGUGUUCCACCUUGCGUCUCAGCUGGAAGGAGGAGGCGGAGGGAUGAUCCAGUUUUUACUGAAGCACAGAGAGCUGAGAGAGCUGCUGGAGCACACCAACACAGCAGGUCUGUGUGCGAUCCACCUGGCCGUCCUGGCCAAUCAGCUGUCGUCUCUCAGGGAGCUGUUGGAGGGCGGGGCCAACGUGGAGGCUCAGGAGCGCAGCUGUGGACGGACCGCCCUCCACCUCGCCACGGAGGCCGAGAACGUGUCGUUGGCCGGCUGCCUGCUGCUGGAG